AUGAACACUGAAAAGUCUGCCCAUUGGCUGUCGCAAUUCAUUGGCAAGAACCUGCGCAUUCAUGCCUCUGAUGGUCGAGUCUUUGCAGGCCAGAUGAAGUGUACUGACAAGGACCGCAACAUCAUACUGGCCCUGGCACACGAGUAUCGCGCGCCAUCGGCCGACGUCAUCCGCAAGACGGUGGAAGAGUCGGGCGAAUCUGCUGCCCAGGUUCCUUGGAACCCUCGCUAUGUUGGCCUCAUCGUCGUGCCCGGUCACCACAUCACCAAAAUCGAGUUUGAAGAGAGCACCCUCCCAGGACAGAAGAGCGCUGUGACGCUAUGA